UGAUCAACAAUGGCCCAGUUCGCCGCGUAGACAGCGCUAGUCGUCAGUCAUCCGCGCGCCUCCGUUGUGUCAACUCGUGUCCAGGACUACACCUCAGGAUGGACUCCAGACCGACCUCUGGUGAGAUGGCCCCCAUCGCGGAGUUUGACAAGUCCCCAGAAGACACCGCUACUAUGGAGGAUCUACCGCCACCCCCGCCGUCGUCCGCUGGGGUAGUGUCCAUCCCCGUGUCGGACCCGCCGCCUCCGCCGGAAAGUCCGAAAAAACAACGCGAGGAUGACGAAGAAGGCAUGGGUUGUGGCAGCUGGUGCGAGUACGUCCUGGUGGUCGUGUUGGCCAGCCUGCUGCUCCUGGCUAGCCUGGUGUUGGUCCUCUUCUGGACUCUGUACUACAGGAAAGGAUACGCCUGGAAUGAGGAUCCGAGCCGACAGUUCAACGCUCAUCCAACUCUCAUGAUCGCUGGAUUUAUUUCACUGAGUGGAUUUUCCAUGUUGCUGUACAGAAUCAGCAGGUGUUGCCGCAAAAUCUACGUCAAGCUGUUCCACAUGAUCUUCCAUGCUCUAGCCAUUCCCUGUGUUGUGCUUGGUGGUCUGGCAGUGUUCGAGUCUAAGAAUCUCUCUGAACCACCCAAAACACACUUCUACUCUAUGCACAGCUGGAUGGGGUUCGUCACCAUGGGACUAUUCGCCUUCCAAUUUGUUGUAGGAUUCUUCAGCUUCAUCGUGCUGCUCUGUUGUGAAGGGGCUACUGCAGCGUUCCGUGCUGCUCUUGUGCCCGUCCACGCCAGCUUCGGAGUCACUACCUUCAUGAUGGCCAUAGCUACAUGUGUCACCGGCCUUACUCAGAAGGUCCACCAUGAUUUAGGAGAGGACUACACCACGUUUAGUGAGGAAGGCAUCAUAAUCAACGCUCUGGCCAUGGUGUUGGUAGCACUGGGCAUCCUGGUGUCGUACGCUGUCCGUCGUGAAUCUCUGACCGUUCAGGCAAACACCCUUCUCUCGGAGAGAUUGUAGGGACGCGUUCAGCCGGUGGAGGACGACCCGCCGGCCAGAUUCUGAACAUCUCCCGCGCUUGUAAUGUGCUAUUUUAUACAAACAAGUCCGCUUGCCAAAUAUUGUAUGAUUUAAACUGUACAAAUAACAUUCCUUCCACCAAACAACUUGUAUAGUGGUCGGUUGAGGUUUUAAUUCCGAGUAACUAAGACGAGUUGUAAAAUAACGAGUGUACAUUUUGUUUUCCACAUUAAGGUGGGCUAUCAAUGUUUUUCUCCAAGAAGAGGAGUAUAAUUUAUUUUCAGAACUCCAGAGACUAAGGAAGAUGUUAUUUAUCUUAUAACAUUUCGUUUAAACUGUUCAAGCACAAGAAUACUGAUUGUGGGACUUCUAGUGAUAAAUUAGUGGCCAACAUUUGUAAUCCGUUUUAAGUGUUCAUUCAUGUUUUAGAAACGUAUUGUGACUGUAAGGAAUUUGGAUUUUUCACUGUGUUAAUCUGUUUACGGAUAGUUAGGUCUUCUCUACAUUUCUGAAAGUUUAUUUGUCAUUUGUAAAUGGCAAUUUCAAUCCCAAUACUGCCACAUAAUUGCAUUUUGGACAAAUCGUUCACUUUUUAAUCGAGCCAUUAGGAUUAUACAAUUAAACAUAGGUUCGUAAAGAUUUUUAUGUAUAUAUGCAAAUACUGUAUUAACUAUUGACCAAAAGUAUACAAGAAAAUCAGUAGUAAUAGAUAACUGUGCUGUUACAUAGUAGGGUUAGACUUAACUGGUAAACUGUAUGUGUUGUGACAAAAAAAUGUAUCAGUGUUUUUUUAGUCUUCGCUGGCUUUCUUGUAAAUAUUUAUGGAUAUAUUUAUAGAAGACAAAUCUUUUAGACAAUGAAAGCUCAGUAGAUUAGAUCGUCCCAAACUAUAUGUGGUACAUAAUCAACAUUUUAGAUGUCUUUGGUUUCAAUUUCAAUGAAACAGUAGUUUGUACAUAACUUUCAAAUUCCUUCUGUGUAACUGAACUGAUAUAAUUUCUAGUCCAUCUCAAAUAUGUUGGAAAAAUUAAGAAAGGUUUGAUGUGAUUCAGUGUAAUGAGUAAUAUUGGUUGAUUGAAUUUGAAUAUAUACACAACUGGUUUUUAUAACCUUGAUUUAGUCAUGAAUGCAUACAUGUAAAACCGUAGAAGCCCAAUAUUUUUAAGUUGACUAUAGAUUAAUUUCAUUUGUGUAUUUUGUAUAUAUAAUAUAUUUUAUAAAGCUGUUGAGUGUUAUAAUGUUAUAUUGUAGUUUAUUAGUAGUAUAGUAUAUAUGACGUGUUCAUUUUUAUUUUAUCUUAAUCCAAACACCAAAAUCCAUUAUUGUUUGUGUUAAAGUAUUAUUUAAAAAAAGUUAAUAUUUUUGUUUGAAAAUAAAUUUUGAUUUUCUAUCUCA